AUCGCUGGGCCGCUGUCAUUUGUGGGCACGGACGGGCUCUUCUAACGCCAUGAGAUGCUACUGUGAUGGUUCGCUGAUAAAAAUCGAGGAAAACAGGCACAAGAUGUUAGCCUUUAUAUUUCUCUAUAUCAUGGGACGAAACAUCUGUCAGGCUACUGUGGAAGCCAGGUCAACACAAAUGUAUUAUGCCAAAUUGAUAAUAGAGAAAAGUGCAAUCGGAAACAUAACUGGUUCAGGGACAUUUUCUGUGAGUAUCGCCAACCUGCAAGUUGACAGGCUUCAAAAGACAACAACCUGUGUGAGUGCCUCUGACAGCUUAAAUUGUAACUGCGAGCCAGGCUACAGAUGGAGUGAUAAAGUUUGUAAGUUCAACAAGGCAUGUUGUGACGACGAAUGCACCUUCCCCAAAAACUCAUCUCACAUGUGUGUUUUAAACACCACAGUUAGUAUCAAAGGAUCCAUUACUUUAAAGGGAACGUCCUAUCACGAUUGUCUGUCAGAAAGUCACUCUUCGGAAUUUAAGGAUUGUAAUAACAAUUUGUCACAAGAGAUAAAAAAGGUGUACAGCACUUUGGUGGGAUUCGACAUCUUUAAAAUGACCAAAUACAGUUCUGGAAGCGUCAUCGGAGAGUUUGAAAUGACCAUUGUUUCCAACGUCAACCCACAGGAUCUGACUGACAAAUCAAACACCCUGAGCAAAACUCUGUCAGCUUCAGUUAGGCUGGAAACGACAGGUAUCGUCUCUUUGAGGACGCCGACGAGCCCUGUGAUGUAUCACAGCGUGCAGGAACUCACAUGCACAUCACAGGCGAAUCUGAGCAGCUCACUGAUGUGGCACCUGAAAACACCGAACGGCGUAGAUAAUAUAACUACAGGCACCGAGUCAAAUUUCACAACAGUGUCAGAGACAACCAUCCUCACGAUCAAAGUUUCAGAAGUCUGGGAAGGAGAAUACACAUGUGGCUACUGUGAGGGGUCAGCGUUUGUCAACAUAUGUCACAAAUCCAGUGCUGUAAUGAAUGUAGCUCUUCUGCCAAACAUUGACACCACCAAGAAUCCAGGAUUUCCCCGCUGUGAAAACAAAGAGGAUAACGUGAAAGUAAGAGUCAAAUGUGAGAUAGCGAAAAGCAAAGAAGCCUAUAACGUGAGUUGGAGGAGCUCAGACAAAAAAGUUAAAAUAAUUCCAAAGACACUUCCUGAAUCUUCUGGAGAAACACUUGUUUAUGCAGCUGAGGCAGUGACUGGCUGCGACUCAUCCAUGCAAAACCCAGAACUAAUGUGCAUAUUUCAGAACAGUCUCGGUCAAACGAGAAAUGCUUCAUUUAGUAUCAAUAUCAUACAUGCCGGUGACCCAUUCUGUGCGGCUGAAGGCGACUGGGAAGACACCAAAGCUGGAUACACCACAGUAUUAAAAUGCAAGAACGAAGAUGGACAAAGACAAAGGAAAUGCAAUAACGACACUACACCUGUGACAUGGGAAGAGGAGGUGUCAGAGUGUGUGAACCGGCAGGUGAAUAAUGUGCUGCAAAGGGCAAAUAUGAUUGACAGUGGACUUGGCUUACUGGAUGUAAAUGCUGCAGCGGUAUUUUCCCGCUUUGAGAACGUCACUAAUAACACGAAGCAUAUCAACACUUUUGCUGACAUGAAUGCAUCAGUUUACGUACUCUCGACCUUGAGACAAAAGCUAAAAGAAAUAAAUAAUGACUCAACAGUGAAUAACCUUCUGGAAUCAUCCAGCAAUUUACUGGAGAAGUCUCUUGAAAAAUCUUGGAAAAGAAAAAGUGACGAAGGCAAUUUGUCAUUGGCUGAGAGAUAUCUGAUUUCUGUUGAGCAUUUAAUUAAGAUGACAAAUCUAACACGUCUCAAUAAAAAAAGAAAUGUAGAGGUAGCCACAUGCAAAAGCAAGCAGGGGUUGAAAUGUAACAACUCUGUGUUCAAUGUCAGUGUCAGUCUUGAUCGCUCAGACGCUGGCCAUGUAAAAACAGCUGGAUUUAAACAACUGGAGAACUAUUUGCCCAACAAAGAUGAGACGUACGUGCCUAACAGCAUUAUUGUGUCAACAACUAUUGAAAAUGAACAAUUGGAUUCAGUUGUGGUUGAAAUUGACUUCCCGUUGCUCAAGCCGAGGGCUAAAAAUGUUAUCAUUAAGUGUGUCUCAUGGGACAAUAACAACAGCGAAUGGUCAUUGAAUGGAUGCAACUGGGGGGGUUCUUCUAAUGAGGGACGCUGCGUUUGCACGCAUUUGUCCACAUUUGCCAUUCUGAUGUCUAAGUAUCCGGUGGAGUUACCUGGGACUACUGAGAUAACCUAUGUUGGACUAUCUGUAUCAGUCAUAUCUCUAAUUAUUAGUAUUGCGAUAGAACUGACCGUCUGGACUGCUGUAGUUAAGACAAGUACUUUAUAUUUACGCCAUAUCGCCCACAUAAACAUUUCUCUAUGCUUGCUAGUUGCAGAUUGCUGUUUUUUAGCAUCUUCCAAGCCACGUGAGGUUUCAGAAAUCUUGUGUAAGACCUUUGUGGUGUUGAAGCAUUUCUGUUACUUGUCCAUGUUCUUUUGGAUGUUGUGCCUGAGCACCACACUUCUUCAUCAAGCAGUUUACCUGUUCCACAGUGUGAGCAGGAAAAACUACCUGAGGUUCUCAUUGAUUUUGGGCUAUGCAUGUCCUUUGCUUAUUGUUGCUGGCACAUUUCUUGCCAACCAUGGCGGUGCUGAGGGUUUGUACUUCUCCAGCGAUACCUGUUGGCUGGUUUAUACUGGAGUUUUACGAGGGUCUAUCCAUACAUUUGUCAUACCAGUCGGUAUAAUUGUUUUCGUCAAUGUUUUUUCCAUGCUUGUGGUAAUCAUGAAGCUUUUGGAUCAACCCAAGAAUACAGAAAGAUCUUAUGUAAAAGAAAAAACAGCUGCCAAAACUGCCAUGAGGUCAGUUCUUCUUCUGACUCCAAUCUUCGGUGUCACUUGGAUUAUCGGAUUUUUAUUAAUGAUUUUUGAACCCCUAAGUGGAGUCAUAGCCUAUGUGGUCAAUUAUGCCUUUACCCUGCUGAACGCAUUCCAGGGUUUGUUCAUUUUGUUAACCACAUGCCUGGGGGACAAACUGACCCGUGAAGCGCUGCGGAAUCGUCUCAAGAAAAAUGCUCCAGCAUCCAUCAGCGAGAGCUCCACAAAGUUAGAAUCAACAUGGAAGAAGUGAAAAUCGUCUCA